UACUCUGCCUCUCUCUAGCCUCCCUCUGCAGUGGAGUGUUUCUGCCAUGUCUGCAUCCUUUCUCUCCUCCAGGCUGCUCCUGCUGGGCCUGACUGUUGCCCGAGCAACAACAUGUGGACGCACCCGACGGCCCGGCUGCAUUUUUAGGAACACUAGAGGAGUGAGCUCAGGCCAAGCACUCAGGGCAGAGGAGAGGGCAACCAUUCACUUCAUAAAUCGUGAAGGAAAGAGAAUCUCAGUCAACACUUUAACUGGAGUUUCGCUGCUUGACGUUGUUGUCAACAAAAAUUUAGACUUUGAAGGAUUUGGUGCAUGUGAGGGAACGUUAGCCUGCUCUACAUGCCACCUGAUCUUCGAAGAGAAGGUCUAUAAUAAACUAAUUGCUGAUACCUCCAUAUCUGAUGAGGAGAUGGACAUGCUGGACUUGGCCUAUGGACUGACACCCACGUCUCGGCUGGGCUGCCAGGUGUGUGUGAGUAAAAUUCUGGACGGGAUGGUCGUGUGUGUGCCUAAGGCAGUGACUGAUGCUAGGAAGACCAAUGACAAAGACUCUGCCCCUUGAAGCCCUGUCCCCUCUGUGUUAGACCACACCUCCAAUUUGGACCCUUUUCAUGUUUGUACCAAAACAUAUUGACCACCCUUGUUCUGCACAGACAUAAAGAGCUCAGCAGAUGUGAACUGUCUGAACUUUGACGUUGUCAUCAACAUGAAAAGUGGCUAAAGCUUCUUUGUUAUACUGUUAAAAUAGUACAACAUAGAAAUAAGUAGAGCUCUAUGAGGACUGGAAUUUAGUGGAAGAUAAAAGGCACUGUAAUAUAUAUGUUGCUCAAAAUGAAUAAAUAAACAUGUAACUAUGUUCUAUAAAUCCACAAACUACAAAUAUUGACUUUAAAUGUAACAAAUUUGAAUGAAAUGAAAUCAAAUGUUGUUUAACAGCUGUUUUGUCUCUGAAGUACCUAACCUGUUUUUUGUUUACAUUACAUUUGCAUACUGCCAAUACAUGUGUAAUGCAAUUAAAUUACUGAUAUGUGAUUUUAAAAUAUGAGAUCAUGACACAAAAUUCUGAAAUUCAUGAAAAAUUCAUGAACAUUUGAAAUUCAGAAAGUUGUGCAAUUCUGAAUUUUUGCAUGCAUUUGAGAUCUUAAUAUUAAAACUGCCAGUUUGAAGUGUUUUAAAAGAUCUGUACAUUUUCUUUAUGGAU